AUGCUUCGUCUCGUGACUUUUCUGGGCAUUUGGUCCUGGGCAGCCGCUGGCUUCUGUGCGUUCACGAGCGACGAGUCGACCCAGACAUGGCCGGCGGGCUGGCGUGAGGGGCUCCGAGCCUUGCAUGACCUCUUCGGCUGUGAGGGCUACAACCGGGGCGCCCGGCCCUCGCCGGGCACCGUCGCCGAGCUGCUGGCGGCGCUGGACAUGGAGGACGACGGCACCGAGGGCAGCAUCGAUCUGCAACGCUUGAAGAGGAGCUACCGUGAUCUCUCAGUGAAGCACCAUCCGGACAAGAGCUCUGACUCGGGCCGACGCUUUCAACAGCUCCGGGAUGCCUUUGAGAUCCUGGAAGAUCCUGUGAAGCUCUUGCUGUACGACACCGGUGGUUUGGAGCUUCUACGACGCUACGAGGCGCAUGCGGAGGAGGUGCCGCAAACCGAGAACUUGGAGAUCUCGCACCAGAUCAGCUUGGAGGAUGCCUACGCAGGAGGGAGCUACAAGUUGGAAUAUUCUCGCCAUGUGGUUUGCCUCUCCUGCCGCUUGCAGCCCCGCCUGCCGCGCUGUCGGCGGUGCCAAGCAUGCCCGGAUGAGAUCGAACAUCGGCAGGUUUGGGUGAACUCAUUUGAGUACUAUGUGAAAGAACUUCGAAAGCCAAGCCCCGAGCGCUGUCGUCGUGGCACCGAGUUCCUCCCCUUCGCCGUGGAGCGCGGCAGCUCCAGCGGCGACCGACUGCGCUUCGAGGGACGAGCGGAUCAGCUGCCAAGCCACGUACCUGGUGAUGUGCUGGUCACACUGCAGAUCAAGCCGCACCACGUGUUCAAGAAGGUGGGCGCCGAUUUGGUGAUCCAUCUUCGAAUCUCUUUGAUGGAGGCGCUUUUGGGCUUUCAGCGUGAGAUACAUCACUUAGAUGGACAUUUGGUCCAGGUCUCACUGCCCCGUGGCAGCGUGCUACAGCCAGAGGAGCUAUUGGUCGUGGAGGGCGAGGGGAUGCCAUUGCAUGAUGAUCCCUCCAGCUACGGCCGGCUUUUAGUACGCUUCACCAUUGACUUCCCAGAGACUUUGGCUGGAGAUGGCAGAGGACUUUGUGCCAAGCUCCGCAGCGAACGCUUUGGAGGAGGCUUUGAGGAUGGCUGGUUGAGGAGCAAGAAGCCCUUCAUGAACUGCUUCCAGAAUCCAAAGAUUUUGCGGACUCUUGAUUUGUCGCAGACUCAACGGCAAAGAAUUCUCGGAACGGACCCUUGUGUCCAUCCCCGCGUCAUCUGCGACCACGGUCACGUGGUGUUGCUGAAUGGCUCGGCGCUGGGCUGGCGGACGCUGCCGGAGAGCAUUGGACACCUGCAAGGCUUGAGGCAGCUCUUCUUGCGCAACAACCACUUGAGCUCAUUGCCGGAAUCUUUCGGAAAUCUUACGGAAUUAGUGUUUUUGUACUUGGAGAACAACCACUUGAGCUCGCUGCCACACUCCUUGGGACAACUGAAGAGCUUAUGGCACCUCUACUUGCAAAACAACCAGUUGACUUCACUGCCGGAGUCUUUGGGCAACCUCCAGAGCUUGCUGGUGCUCUACUUGGAGAAGAACCAGUUGACUUCACUGCCAGAGUCUUUGGGCAACCUCACCAACUUGCUGCAGCUCUUUUUGCGGAGGAACCGGUUGAGUGGUUUACCGGGGACGCUGGGAAACCUACGAAGAUUGCAGUGCCUUCAUGUGCACGAGAACCGGUUGAGAUCUUUGCCCUCAUCCUUGGGCAAUCUUCAAGGCUUAGAGAGCCUCUUCUUGCAAGAGAAUCAGCUGACUUCACUGCCGGACUCUUUGAUCAAGUUGACGCAACUGAAGCGCCUCCACGCGCAGCACAAUGACUUGAGAUCAUUUCCAAAUACAUCAGGGACCCUUCUUCCUUGGCAAGUCGCUCUACUGCAGCACAACCGGAUGUCAAGUCUGGAGGCCCUUUGUGACCUACCUUACCUCACUACGCUCUACUUGCAUCACAACCAGCUUCGGAACGAGAUUCCUACGUGCAUUGGCAGCUUGGACGAUUUGCAAGUCCUUACACUCCACAGGAAUGCUUUGACGGGACCAAUUCCUCCUAGGUUGGCCCAGUUGCCUCGACUGAAAGUGCUGACUUUGCAUGGGAACCGUUUGAUGGGAUCCCUGCCAGCCACAUUUCACACAUCAGCACAGCUCCUGUUCUUCUCGGCCUUUUCCAAUGACUUCACUGGACAAGUGCCACCCAUGAAGCUUCAGGCUGGUUGCAUAGAUGAUGAGUCGUUUUGGAUGGAUGCACCAGUGAAGGGCACUUCGACAUCUUACACAGUUACGUGUGAUGUACUGGGAAGGCUGCUGAGUAUCGAGAGUCUGGAGCUGACAAAACGACAGUACCAGGAGAUUUUGGAUGCUUGUCCUCAGGUGCACCGCCGUUGCAAGGAUGCCCCUUCCAGAGGGCCCACGCUUCUGUUGCAGAGCAAUCGUUUGUCUUGCACUUUGCCGCUGCAAGUGGCUGCAGACAACUCAUCGGACUUGCGAUCGUUGAUGGUGGUGGGCAACAUGCUUGGCACUGAGUGGAUGGAUUUACCAAGAUGGGUCUCCAAAUCAGAAAGGCAACCCUUCUUGUACGUCUCACCUCUCAAGUUCUUGGGGCGUCCAAUUUCUGGCCUUCAAGGACUGUUCUUGAUUCUCAUUGGGCUUUUGACUCUAUUCCUGGCCUGCCUACGCUUCAGCCUCAGCUGCUUCAAUUGCAAGGAACUCAUGGAGACUAUGCGUGAGCAUCGGGAGGAUCAUCUGUGGCGCUCGCACCUGUUCCUGAUCCGACAGAUUUUAGUCUUGCUGCCAAUGGCCACCCUGCUUUUUUGGUGCUACACAUGGCAUGCGUCUUACUAUGAAUGUGGCAGGGAGCUCAGCAAAACGACCCUGGCAUACUUUGAAGGCGGUCAAAUGGCGGAACUAGCUCUCGCUUGUCUUUGGUCCAGCUGGAGCCUUCUUUGCCUCUACCAUGCGCGAAGGAUUCCUAAACCAGGUCGUCACCUCACGAGUUCCUCAUCAAGCCCGCUUGCGCCCAGCCGUGUCUGCGGACGAUGCCGGAGGAACCUUCUCCUGAAGUCUGCCUGGUGUGCACUUUGGUUCAUGCUUGUGGUGAUCCUCUCUUUGCCAUCCUUGGGUUACGCUUUCGUGCAGUCACUGCCCCGAGAGAACAGCUUCCAGAUGCAGAGCACCAGCGUCUUAAAGGCCGUCCAUGGCGGUGCUGCCCUGCUGAUGCUUCUCAUCGUGUACUGGGUGAUGAGAUGA